AUGUAAUAAUAAACAAUUUAAGAUAUUGAAACCUAAGCCAAUUCACUAUUGGAAGGAGUUUAUUAGAGAAAAUCUGAAAUGAUUACCUCUUACAGCAAACUUAAAAGAUAAGAAGAAGUAAUAAUAAAUAAUCCCUUAUAUAAAUAAGGCAUUAGAUAUAGGAUUUGCAUCUGUAGGGUUUCCAGAUGAAAGCAUGGAUUAUGAAUCUGUUUAUGAAGUAAGAGAUUUUAAUAAUAAAUUUAGAUUUUACAACCUGGAUUUAUCUUUGAAGUUAUUGUAAAUAAAAAAAAUAUAGCCAAAGGAAGGCUAGAUAUAAUUUUAUAGAAAUUCCUGGCCUUUAGUGAUAAAUGUAUCACUUCCCAACAAUAAGUGAGAUAAGCUGAUUUUUAGUAAUUUAAAAAAUAAAAGCAUUUACUCUCACAAUUAACAUAAAUCAAUGUCAUGAGAAUUAAAGGAGUAAUCUAUGAAUAAGAUGUGGUAAUACAUAUUAUUGAUACAAAAAAGAUUGAAGAUUUUUCCAUUUUUACAUAUUACAUAAAUUUUGAGAAAAUUUAAGUAGGUGAUCAUUUGAAUGCUGUAUUAAUUGAUAAAACAAAAAUGACAAUGUCAUUAAAAAAUAAAAGCAUCACGGGUGGUAAAUAAUGGAGUUUGAAAAGACUUUAGAAUCCGUCUCAUUUUGAUAAUUGGCUUCAUUUUAGAUUAGGAUAUGCUAAAUAAAUAGGAGUGAAUUUUUAAUAUUAGAUUAUGAAUGAAUAAGAAAAGCAGAAAGCACAGGAUUCAAUUAAUGCCAAUCUUAAAUUCAAAGAAGAAACAGGAACUUUAAAAAUGGAUUAUUAAAUUGAAUAAGAUGGAUUCUUUCCAAAUAAAUAGAAUUAUACAUUUAUGAUGUAAUUUCUUGGUUUAAAUCAGAAUACAUCAUUUACAAAUAGAAACAAUCUAAAAUCAUUAAUGAAGAUUAAUUUAGAUCAUAGAAGGCGUUUAUAUUAAAUUAUUUAUUUUUUCUAGACUUUCCAGUCUAUCUGUCUAACCCGAUGUCCAAUAGAUACAUGUUCGUAAGUAGAAGAGUUAAAGCAAUAAUUGAAAAAAAUAAAAUAAGAAAAAUAUUAAAUUCAUAUCCAUAAAUUCCUUUUUUCAUCUUAAACAAUUAAUAAGGAAUCGAAUAUAUAAUAAUAUAUUUGA